AUGCUUUUCACUACCCUUGCUCUCUCGGCUCUCGCCACUUCCACUCUCGCUUUCCCUUUCAACAAAAUUGAGAAGCGCACUGCAGAUCGCAACUCCAACAAGCCCCAAGCUAGCCUUCCCCUCUGCGGUCCUGAUACAGUGACCUGCCGCUGCCCACCCAACUCCUUCUACCAGACCUCCAGCAGUUACGCUUUCUGGCCUGUCGCCUCCUCCGAGAUCACUCGCCUAACGUCCAACUUCCUCGACACUGCCUGGUUCGGAACUUCUCCUGAGAGCACUGAGGGCAAUGGUACUGUUGUUGGUGCUAAGCGCCACCUGCGCGCCGAGCUCCCCGGAGGCAAGAACGUCGAACUUAUUGUGGAGGAGCUCACUGAGCUCAAAUUCUACCCCAAUGGCGGAUACUGGAUGAAGUUCCAGAUGGGCGAUGCGCCUUUCUGGUACGAGAAACAGCGUCGCGGAGACUGGGGACUCCUUGCUGGCUCCUGGGACAUUGUCGACGUGCGCGAGAUCAACGGCAUGACUUACAUGCUUUGGGAUAUCCAUGUCUGCUUCAUGGACUCCUAUGACCUCGGUGGUUUCCACGAGAGCGGGAUGAAGAAUCUGACCUCCAUCCUCAAGGCUCAGGGUAAGAUGCCGCAGGAUGCCACCAUGAUCGGCCCUAUCACCUUCUAA